UUCAUACUGGUACUCGAGUUGACAAUUGUUUGUUCUUUACUACAAUGUAUGACAGUCGAUUGAUUUAUUCCAAUAGUGUGUUUACAUGUACCUGACAAGGAGUCACAGGGCACGAUGUCACACACAUCGCAGUGUACAUUCCAUGGCCAGUCUGCCGGAAACACAUGAAAUGCUUCGGAAGACUUGCAGAGAUUUUGCUGACAAUGAGCUUAAACCAGUAGCUGCUAUAAUGGACAAAGAACACAGGUAUCCAGUAGAACAGAUUAAAAAGAUGGGUGAACUUGGCCUGAUGGCGAUAGAUGUCCCAGAAAAAUAUGGCGGUACUGGAUUAGAUUACUUAGCUUAUGCAAUAGCCAUAGAGGAGAUUAGUCGAGGCUGUGCUUCAUGUGGUGUUAUUAUGAGUGUAAAUAAUAGUCUUUAUCUUGGUCCAUUGUUAUAUUAUGGUACAGAGGCUCAAAAAGAAAAAUAUGUAACACCAUUUGUAAAUGGAGAUAGAGUUGGAUGCUUUGGACUUAGUGAACCAGGUAAUGGAAGUGAUGCUGGUGCUGCCUCAACGACAGCCAGACUGGAGAAUGAUCAGUGGGUGCUGAAUGGAACCAAAGCCUGGAUAACCAAUGGCUUUGAAGCAGAAGCCGCUGUUGUGUUUGCAACCACAGACAAGUCUCUCAAACACAAGGGCAUCAGUGCAUUCAUCACACCCAAGCCCAUGGAAGGGCUUUCACUAGGGAAGAAAGAGGACAAACUUGGAAUCCGGGCAUCCUCCACAACAUACCUAAUAUAUGAAGAUGCUAAAAUACCAAAAGAUCACUUACUUGGGGAGCCUGGAUUUGGUUUUAAAAUUGCUAUGAUGACAUUGGAUGAUGGUAGGAUUGGUAUUGCCUCACAAGCAUUGGGCAUUGCACAGGCGUCUUUGGAAUGUGCAGUAGAGUAUGCAUUGAAAAGAGAGUCGUUUGGAAGGCCAAUUGCUAAGUUACAAGCCAUACAGAUGAAGCUAGCAGAUAUGGAGACGAGGCUGGAAAGUGCAAGACUACUCACAUGGAAAGCUGCUAUGUUGAAGGAUGCUGGCAAACCAUACACAAAGGAGUCUGCCAUGGCAAAACUGGCUGCAUCAGAAGCUGCCACAUUCUGUGCACAUCAGGCUAUUCAAGUGCUAGGUGGUAUGGGAUAUGUGACAGAGAUGCCAGCUGAACGCCAUUACAGAGAUGCUAGGAUAACAGAGAUUUAUGAAGGAACAAGCGAAAUACAAAGACUGGUCAUUGCUGGACAGUUGAUUAAACAGUUCCAACAACUGAUACAUUAGUGAUUUUAUUUGAGACUUACACGUAAAUAAGAUAUUUUUGGAUGAAAUUUUUAAAAGAGUAUUGAUGUGAUGAAGAGUUGUCACAGCUUCAUCAUCACUGGUUUCGUUUUCAUAUUCUAUAGCUUUGCAACAAAACAACUGUCUUAAUUUAUAAGUUGAGCACAAAAAAUGCAAUUGUGAAAUGGUCUCCUACUUCUGGGAAAUUUCUCAUUUAUGACUUGUAGACACAAUGUCAAUUACCUCACACUGUCACUGGCUUGUACAGUUACUGCUGUCUAAGUAACAAAUUUAUUGCAGAAUUUGCAACAGAUCACAGUUUCCAUAACUAAAGUGCUUGUCAGAAACAACUACUAAUGUUGAAUAUAUAUCCCCUUAUGCAGUCUGAGAGAAAACAUCAAAUGUUCUGUGCAUGUUGUUGGUUUCCAUGGUGUUCUGUGCAUGUUGUUGCAACAUCAAAUGUUCAUGUUGUUCUAAAAUGGUUGGACACAAGAUGGUAAUUAUUGGAAGUAAAAGGGCUUUGAGGGAUUCACUAUUAGUUCAUUUCGAAUGAAUACAAAACUUGUAUGUAUAUAAGUUAGAGUACACUAUGAAUAAAUUAUUUUUUUUUU